CAAAAUUUGACUAGGUAUUCGGUUCUUUAAUAUACUUCGUCGGUGAUGUAGAUUAACGAUUAGCGUCAGAAGAAUCAAAAUGGUGGCUUCUUUCGCCCUAUCAUAACGUCACUAGGGAGCGAUAAAUAUCACGAAAAAAUGCGGACUCAGCGCUUUGAUAAAGCGAAGAAAUAACUGUUACAUGAGGAAUAUUCGUCGCGCUUGUAAUGCGGGAUUUAUAUCUUAUUUUUUCAUGAAUUUCGCGUUCUAACCUAUAACCAUAAUCGUCGCGUGAUGAAAAUAUUAUAAAGAAAAUUUCAGAUUGCAAAUUACGACGGGCACAGCAUUAUUACUUUAUGGAUACAAAGGACCUUUUUUCAUGCAAAGAGGAAUCUUCACGUGAAUGAGGGUGAUAUCAACGAAAAGAAAACUGAUAUUCUUUGUACGGUUUCUAUAUACCGUUACACAAAGGAAGCAUGGGAUCGAACGAAGAAAAUAGACUUCCAAAUGGUGACGUCCGGGUGCACAGAGACGUCGAUUGGACUAGAUAUGGUUUGCGCGAUCCGGAGGCACAGGAUAACGCGAAAAGGGAUAACGAAGGUGGUAAUAAUGCCCUUGAUCCCGAGAUGUAUCCAGCUGGUGCAAACGAACUGUUCGCACAGGAAUACAGCUCAGAUCCUUGGUGGAAAUCUAACUUCUUCAUCUCCCAGCCUGUGUUAUUUGGCACUUGGGAUGGAGUUUUUACAUCUUGCCUUAUUAACAUAUUUGGAGUGAUAGUAUUUCUGAGAUCGGGUUGGAUAGUUGGUCAAGCUGGUGUUUUAAAUGCAGUACUGAUUAUAUUUUGUACAGUAUGUAUCGCAUUGGUAACAGUACUCUCAGCUGUUGGCAUAUGUGAACGAUGUAGAGUUGAAAGUGGUGGAGUUUAUUUUUUGUUGUCACAUGUGCUGGGUUCUAGAUUUGGUGGCUCCAUCGGAUUGCUCUAUUGCUUUGGGCAGGCGGUGGGUUGUGCUCUAAACGUUUUAGGUUUUGGGGAAUCGAUGGCUGGUCUUGUAAGUUUAGAUUCGGCAUGGGCACAACGUGGUUUUGCAUGUGCAGCCGUUGUGCUAUUGUCUGUAAUUAAUGUGGCUGGUGUUAAAUGGGUUGUAAAGUUGCAAUUUGUUCUUCUUCUGAUCCUACUCCUCGCUGGAGUUGACUUCAUGGUUGGAAGUUUCACUCACACCAAUAUUGAUUCCGGUUUUGAAGGUUGGUUAUCAGGAAAUUUAAGAAAUAACACUUUCCCUGAUUAUCAAGAUGGAUACAACUGGUUUACCGUGUUCGGUGUGUUCUUUCCAACUGUCACUGGGGUCUUAGCUGGAAUUAAUAUGAGUGGAGAUUUAAGACAUCCAUCUAGUGAUAUUCCUAAUGGUACUUUAGCAGCAUUAGGAACUGGAACGUUUUUGUACCUGUGUUUCUCGUUGACUCUUGCGGCAACCUGCGUCAGAAACUCUUUACUUACUAAUUUUACGAUAGCAUCAACAGUAUCAGCGAUCUCAGUAUUACUACUCGCUGGUCUCUAUGUAUCAUCGUUUAGCAGCUGUUUGGGUGCCAUGUAUGGUACACCUCGCGUUCUGCAAUCCAUCGCCAGCCAAAAUGUUAUACCAGGAAUGAGUUGCUUGCAAAGAGGGAGAGGACCAAAUAAAGUACCUAUAUAUGCUAUGCUGGUUGUCGCUGUGGUAACAUUGACUUUUAUCAUUACCGGACAGAUUAAUACACUCGCUCCCAUAGUGACGAUGCCAUUCCUGUUAACAUAUGCCUGCUUAGAUUACGCGUACUUCGCCCUCGCGCAAACGUUUGAUCUUCGACAUACGCGCGAGCAACGAUUUUGCACACAAUCGCCAACAUUCGAUCGCAAUUACGGUUCUGCAAGUAGGAACAAUUCGAUAACUGACACGGAUAAUGACUUGGAUAAUUUGUUUCCUGAGAGAAUAAGGCAUAAAAAUGUUAUGAGAAACAAUAGUAUUUCUGAUAAUAACGUGUAUGUGGAUUCGUCGCCGAGCAUUGAGGACAAUGCUAGUGUUUCCAGCACACCAGAACGAAAAGUUCAUAUACACAAUAAAUUAGGAAAUUGGUAUAGUCCUUUAUGCAACAGAUGGUUUUCGCUAUUGGGCUGUCUUGUAAAAUUAUUAAUAAUGUUUCUCGUACAUUGGGGAUAUGCGAUUGCUAAUAUUGUCGUCGUAUUUCUCGUCUGGAGUUACGUUGGUCAUGCUAAUCCUGCCGUGAAACCUGGAGUUUCGGCAGAAUUCCAACUCUUUAAAUGGUUUCGAAUUGCAUUACUUCGAAUUAUGGGGAGAAAAGUUUACGAUUACGAACAGAUUGUAGUGACUCCGAUGCAUCCAGGCGUUGAAACAUGUUCGGCUCAAUUGAAUGAGGAGAAUGAAGAUUUUUCAGGAAGAAGAAGAUAUCAUCAAACCGCUACAGUUACAGGUCAAUAUGUCAAUGUCGACUAAAUUAUGUGAUCUUUUUAAUAUUAUGUAUUAUACGAGUUUUCGGUAGUGAACGCGCAUCUUUCAGACUAUAUUUUAGUGGCGAAAACAGAUUACAAAUGCAUAUAUAUUAACGUCUAAUAUUUAAUACGAUACUUCAAGACCUGACAAAGAGCAGCUUGCAACAAUUUUAAUUUAGGCAAAUAUUAUUUUUACUUUAUUUUAUAAUGUUGUCUAUCGCACAAACAGCUAGUCUAACCGAAUUUAUUUAAUACACGUAUUUAAAAUGAAGUGCAGCAUAAAUGCGGCGUUAAAAGCAUUUUAACAAUCAAUAAGACAGUGGGCUAUAUGCAAAGUUGAUUGUAUGAAACGUACAAAGAACUGAUGUAACAGUAGUGUUAGGUUUUUAUAUUUACUUAUUGUAAUUGUCGUACAGUCGGGAUAGUCUAUUACUGAAGGUAAUAAUUUAUCCUUAGUGUCAUUCAACUUGAUAAACAUACGAAAGAAAAUAUUCAUUUCGUCUGAUAUCAAAGUUAAUAAGAUACCUGAUAGAAUUCAUCAUCUUUGAUACCAUUUUUUUAUAAUAUCGAAUUUUUCAAAUUUAUUGAUGAUUGAUUGAAGUAAUAAUAAUGGCAAGUACGGCAAUUGCAUCGUGCAUGAAAAUACUCUGUAAAUACCUGAUAAUAUAUUUAUACACUAUUUAACACUUUUAUAAUUCUCGUACAAAUGCACGAACAAAUUUGUAACUGCAAAAAGAAAUUAUAUAUCUAUAUUUAUGUGUGAAA